AUGGCAGUGUUGGGUAGCGACCCGAAGCCUUGGGGCUAUCGAUGGCGCUCGUCGAGUGUGUUUGUGGUGUUCUGCAUCACAGUUGCUGUGUUCUCUGAAACCUUUCUCUAUGGCUUCAUGGUUCCCAUAUUGGGCUAUAUGAUCACGGAUCGCUUGCAUAUGGAUCCAUUUUACAUCCAGCAUACUACCUCUGCAAUUCUGGCCAUCCACGGGUUCAUCGCAGUCAUUGCCAGUCCAUUAAUUGGCCAUCUCAGUGAGCGGUUUUUGACCAAUAGACGAGGACCUCUAUUGAUCUCACUCAUUGGGGCGAUUACUGGAACGGCUCUAGUUGCCGGUUCUCACUCCCUUGGCAUCCUAUUUCUAGGCCGAAUCCUGCAGAGCCUUUCCGGAUCAGUGGUUUGGAUUGUCGGUCUCGCGACAGUUGCUGACCACGUCGCCGAAGACCACAUGGCCAAAACAAUGGGGACAGUCGACUCGUUUAUAUCGGCUGGUACGAUUGCCGGGCCGGUGGUGUCAGGCUUCGUCUUCAAGGAAUGUGGGUACUGGCCGACGUGGGCGGUGCCGCUUGUUGUGUUGGCUCUGGACCUGGUGGCACGUUUGGUGAUGAUUGAUUCCCAGCAUGGUCAGCAGGUACUCAAUGACCCUGACGUGCCAAACAGCCCAUCGACUGCGUACUUGGCGGAAGAAAGCCGUAGCCUUCUAUCAGAUACGACGGAGGGUCACGAAUCUGUCGCAGCUGAACCUCUGAAGCCGGACACAUCUAAUGGGCCUGCCAGCUUUUAUCGAAUUAUGCUCAAGAAUGGCCGGGUCAUCACAGCGCUGCUCACUUCAAUGGGCAUUACAACAGUGAUGGUUAGCUUUGACGCCACACUUCCAUUGCAUGUCCACCGAACCUUUGGUUGGAAUACGGAACAAACAAGCGUCUUGUUUCUUAUCUUGCAACUUCCUUCCAUAUUUAUCGGACCUUUAGUAGGCUGGCUGCGGGACCGUGUGGGAACACAGAUUCCCACCGUGAUUGGCCUGUGUGCGCUGGCACCCUGCCUAUUGCUUUUAGGUGUUCCAGGGGAUCCUCAGUUUCCUUGGGCCAGUGUAGACAGGUAUGGACCCAUUACGUAUGUGAUCACGAUUUUUGUGAUCGGGAUUGUGAUUCCGUUCCUUGGGGGCAUAGGAGUUCUAGAGGUGACUGCGGUGGUCAAGGGACUCACAGCCCAGAAUCCCCAAAUCUUUGGACCCCAGGGUGGCCAACCUCGGGCGCUCUCGAUGGCCGGCGUUGCUGCCAACUUGGCUAUGAUGCUCGGCCCAGUCAUUUCUGGUUUCUUAUCUGAAGCCGUCAGCUACUAUCAUAUGAACGUAGUAUUCUGUGCUCUGUUAUGGUUCCUUUCACUCAUGUUCUGGGUCUUUGGAGGUAGCAGGAACAUGGGCCCGGGCCACCACCUAUAA